AUGAGAGUGAUAAUAGAGAUACUCACUGGGAGACUUUUUUACGUAGAGAUUAAAGAAGAUGCUACAGUUGAAGAUUUGAAAAGGGAGAUCGGAUUUCAAGAACAUUUACCUCUGGAUCGACUCAUUUUGCUGGUUGAUCAUGAUCGCGUUAAUGGGUGUUCUAAUUUGAUGACUGAAGAUGAAAUUGCUCUUCAAGAUUACGGUGUCAAAGAUGGCUCCCACGUCUAUCUCUUCUUUGAAACUGUUGAUGAAGAUGGCUGCCAUUUUCUAUUGCCUUCUUCUGGUCAAGACUUCAUGAUGUAUCAUCAACCUUCCUCCUAUAGUUACCUAAACGACUUGUUUUUGCAGCCAGCAACAAAAGUGAAUGAAUGA